AUGGAAAAUCAUAAACCAGAUGAUACCAGCAAGGAAAACCCAGCACUUUUCAGUAACAUAACCAGAAAAAUUAACCAGCUUCCAGAAUCAGAAAGGCAACUACUUGAACAUGGAUCGGUGUAUAUCGGAUUCAACUCGGCUGUCUGUGGCCUGAUAGCAAACAGCCUUUUCCGACGCGUGUUGAAUGUGACGCAAGCUCGUAUUGCCGCUGGCUUACCAAUGGCAGUGCUUCCAUUUCUGGCAACAGAUAUCGCUUACAGAAGUUUUGUGACUUUGCCCUUGAGCACAGGUGAUCUGAUGUGUGAGAGCUGUGCUGUGAUGCGCAGUGGGCUGGUUGGUCUUUUAUGGGGGGGUCUGUACCCUGUUGUUUUGGCUGUCCCAGUGAAUGUUGGGCUGGCGGCUAGCUACCAAUCAGCUCUGCUACCAGAAAAAGGGAACAUCUUCACUUACUGGGUUAGAAUUUCUAAGCCUGUCUUUAGAAGGAUGUUAGUUCCCAUUUUGCUCCAGACUGUAUUUUCAGCAUACCUUGGAUCUAGACAAUAUAAACUCCUUAUAAAGGCCCUUCAAUUACCCAAACCUGGCCUCGAAAUUCACUUCAUUUAA